AGAGUUUUUUUCACAAAAAAGACAAGGAUAUCUCAGGUCAAAGAAAGAAAAAGUCCAGUAAAUAUUCCGAUAAAUCACGUGAUAUGACAUUUUACGAUUUUCCUUGGUACUGGUCGGACGAAGAAAUAUAUGAAUAUAUAAGAGAUGUAGGCAAAGAGUAUGAAAAUACUUAUGCACGAGGUGGAGCUAAUAUCACAAUUUUUAGGAAUAGUCAUCAAUAUUUUUUCAUCAUGUUUGACUCUUUAUUGAUGUAAUGCGUUGGCGUUAAC